AUGGGGAACUGGCGAUAUGGCGUGAUCCUGGACGCUGGUUCGUCUGGGACGCGUGUGCAUAUCUAUCGAUGGCUAAAUAAUUUCAAAGCACGCCAGAGCGAUGACCCGCAAAAACUGACAUCGCUUCCCGAGAUAACUACCAAGGACCACUGGACGAAGAAGAUUAAACCUGGUAUAUCGGCCUUCGCCGACAAACCGGAACUUGUCGGAUCUGACUAUUUGAACAACUUGUUGCAACAUGCCCUCCACGUUGUGCCGGAAUAUGCCGUCAAAGAUACUCCCGUUUUUCUCUUGGCCACCGCUGGUAUGCGACUAUUGAGCGACGUACAGCGAAAUCAGAUUCUGGAUAAUGUGUGUUCGUUCUUCCGUGUCAACUCGAAAUUCCUGCUCCCCGAAUGCGAUAUACAUAUACAAGUGAUAACUGGUGAAACGGAGGGUCUUUAUGGAUGGAUUGCUGCAAAUUACCUGCUGGGAAGUUUCGACUCGCCAGAAAAGCACAGUCACGGAAAGAAUCAUCAUACCUAUGGCUUCCUCGAUAUGGGAGGCGCAUCUGCCCAGAUUGCUUUCGUACCAAACGCUACCGAAGCCGAAAAACAUGCUAACGACCUUAAUCUUUUGAGGUUGCGAAAUGUAGAUGGCUCGACUCAAGAGUUUCAGCUUUUCGUCACCUCAUGGUUGGAGUAUGGUGUUCGAGAAGCACGACGCCGUUUCGUUGCAGCUAUACAAGCAUCCGUUGGCUCGCCUGAUAUCAAAGAAUAUCCAGAUCCAUGCCUUCCUGCAGGAUUACGAACUACGCUCGAUGGAGACUUGGCUGAAGAUGCGCCUGAGGAGCCGCAUUUAUUAGGUACCGGCCGAUUCGACGAGUGUGUACGCCAGACAUAUCCAUUACUCGACAAAGAUGCACCUUGUGCGGAUGAGCCUUGUUUGUUACAUGGAAUUCACGUUCCAGCAAUUGACUUUGAUGUCAACCAUUUCGUCGGUAUCAGCGAAUAUUGGCAUACUACACACGAAAUUUUCGAAAUGGGACACAAGGAUAAAGCGUACGACUUUAAUACCUACCAGCAAAGAGUCAGCGCAUUCUGUUCUCAAGACUGGGAGUCUAUUAACCUAGGCGUUUCCGAGUCACGAUGGGGUUCCAAAGUUGACGCUCUCAAAGCACAAGAGGUCUGUUUCAAAGCUUCGUGGAUCAUCAAUAUGCUCCAUAGCGGUAUUGGCAUUCCACGAGUCGGCAUCGAAAAUACAGGAUCUUCUCCUCACAACGGCACUAAAGAAGUCUUGCAGCAAGGGAAGGAAAAGGGAUAUCUUGAUCCAUUCCAAGCCGUCAACAAGAUUCGUUCUACAGAAGUCAGCUGGACGCUCGGCAAAGUCGUGUUGUAUGCUUCUUCUCAAGUUCCAGCUGUAGAGCCCAAUGCUCUUCCUGUCGGAUUUGGAAGCAACGAACCGGGAAUUCCCGCAGAUUUCCAAUAUCCCAGUGUUGAACUUGUUCCUGGACCUGGACCUGUGACAGAAGAGAGUGAAAGCUGGCACGAUACCUUGUUCGGUGGAGAAUCCCCUCGACGUGUCCCAGGUUUACUCUUGUUUGUGCUCAUUAUCGUGAUUGCAUUAUUCUUCCUCUGUGGCCGUACCCGUCGCUCAAGAAUCUACAUCAAGCUACAAAGCAUGUUCAAACGUGGUGGAUUGCGAAUGCGCCGUAAAUAUCCAGGAAAGCUUCCAUUCAUUGGACGCAAUGGUCCGUCCUAUGAACGGGUCCUGGAGGAUGGUGCAGCUCAGUUCGAGCUUGCUGGAGCAGACACAGACAGCGAUGACGAUGGAUAUGCCGCUGACUCGGAUGGCAACAGCCCGUCGCAUUCUAAGCGGAAUUCUUACAAAGGCUCAGCAACAGGCUCCCAAACACCCGGCCUCAAGUUUGAGUUUGACAACGUGUCUUCCAGUAGUAUAGGACUGGGGAUCAAUACAACAAGUGUCUUGGAUCGACAAGGAUUGGUUGUGCGAACCGAGAGUCGCGAACAUCUUAUACCUACAGCUACCCAAGGAAGUCGGUCUCGCACCGUGAGUCCGACAAGAGGGCGAAAGUCUCCGAUGCUGAAGCCGGUGGCUGAUAAUGAGUGA